AUGACACACGAGAUUCGUUACGAUAACCAAGUAGCCAUCGUUACCGGCGCAGGAAAUGGGCUGGGAAAAGAGUAUGCCAAGUUCCUUGCCUCAAGAGGCGCAAAGGUUAUCGUGAAUGACCUUGGAGGGUCAUUCGAUGGAAAAGAUGGCAAGGGAAGGGAGAAAUCGAGAAUUGCAGAUCUGGUCGUGCAUGAGAUCAAUCGUGCCGGUGGAACUGCAGUGGCUAACUAUGAUGCUGUACAAAAUGGAGAGAAGAUCGUCAAGACUGCGAUCGAUAAUUUCGGGAGAGUGGAUAUACUGAUCAACAAUGCUGGCAUUCUUCGAGAUGUUACUCUUCGAAAUAUGAAGAAUGAAGAUUGGGACAUAAUAAUGGAUGUCCACGUUCAUGGCGCAAUGAAAACGACGAGAGCGGCUUGGCCUUACAUGCGGAGGCAGAAGUACGGGAGGAUCAUCAAUACUUCUUCCUCAUCAGGUUUGUUUGGGAACUUUGGACAAAGCAACUACGCGGCAGCGAAGAUGGCGCUGGUAGGCUUUGGCGAGACAUUGGCGAAAGAAGGGGCAAAAUACAACAUUCAUUGCAAUAUUCUCGCCCCAGGAGCCGCAAGCAGACUAACGCAGACUGUCUGGACACCUGAGAUGAUGGAUAUCAUGAAGCCUGAUUGGGUCGUUCCCCUUGUCGGAGUCCUUGUCAGUAGCCAUUGUCGAGAGACAGGAAGCAUCUUUGAAGCAGCAGCCGGACACUACAGCAAAAUUCGUUGGGAACGAAGCCAGGGAUUUCUUGCCAACCCAGAACAUCUGAGUACCUCUUUAGUGCUCCAGAACUUUGGCAAUAUUACAGACUGGAAUGGCGCAGAACACCCCAAAGGUCCAGCAGAUAUCAUGGGACUACUUCAGAAGGCCAAAACAAUACUUCGUACUAAUAUCCCAGAAGAAAUCAACUUCAAGGACCGUGUUGUUCUUGUGACAGGUGGAGCCCAUGGCCUGGGAAGAGCAUACGCUACCUACUUCGCGAAGUUAGGCGCUAAAGUCGCGGUUAAUGAUGUCAAGAAUGCAAAGGAGGUAGCAGACCAGAUUCGUGCGUUUGGUGGAGAGGCAAUCGCAAUUUCAGUGUCUGUGGAGGAAGGGCAGAACAUCGUUGAGAGAGUGGUGUCUUCCUACAACAGGAUUGACAUCAUAGUCAAUAACGCGGGUGUCUUGGGGGACAAGGCAUUCGUUAAUAUGACUGACGAACAGUGGCAUAUGGUGCUGAAUAUACACUUGCGCUCAACCUAUCUCAUCACCAAAGCUGCAUGGCCGUAUAUGACAAAACAAAGGUAUGGACGUAUUGUUAACAUCACGAGCACGAGUGGAAUAUACGGCAAUUUUGGCCAGGCCAACUAUGCGGCUGCAAAAUGCGGUAUUAUAGGCUUUACAAAGACUACCGCUCGCGAGGGUGUGAAAUACAACAUUGUGGUCAAUGCUGUUGCUCCUUCCGCAGGCACCAAUAUGACCCGAACCGUCUGGCCUGAGCAGGAUGUAAUUGCAGCAAAACCAGACUACGUGGCACCUCUGGUUGCUGCUUUGUGCAGCGACAAACCACCAGCGGCUGGUCAAUUAUAUGAGGCUGCAGGGGGCUGGUUUGCAGCAACACGAUGGCAAAGGGCCAGGGGGGUUGACUUCGAGCAUGAGAAAGGCGUCCCGACUGUAGAGGAGGUUGCACGGGCCUUCCCUGAAAUCUGCAACUUUGACAACGGGCUUGCAGACAAUCCGGACACGCCCCAAGAGGGGAGCAAGUGGACCAUGGGAAAUGCAAUGAAGAAUCCAAACGUGGCCGCCGGCAUGUCGCAAGAAGAUCGUGCUAACAGAAAAUAUAUCUCAAAGAUUCAGGCAGCUCUCUCCAUGAAACCGGGGAAGUCGACAUAUACCUAUUCGGACCGGGAAGUGAUCUUGUAUAACCUCUCCUUGGGCGUGCACCGCUCAGACCUGAAUCUUGUCUACGAGAAUGCACCGAAAUUCCAAGUCCUGCCCACUUUUGGUAUAGUUCCAACGUACUUCUCGACGAGCCCCUACGACUUGAAAGAAAUCAUUCCGAACUAUCAGAAGCACAUGCUUCUACAUGGGGAGCAAUACCUUGAAAUCAAGAAGUUCCCCAUUCCAACUUCAGGCAGUCUCAAAACCGAAACACGUUUGAUAGAAGUCGUGGACAAGAAGAAUGCUGCAACAGUAAGAAGCGGCUCACUUACAGUUGAUGCGAAUGGUGACCCUGUCUUUUACAAUGAGAAUGUUGCUUUCAUUCGUGGCUCGGGCGGGUUUGGGGGUCAACGACAGCCCUCGAAUCGUGGUGCCGCCACCGCAAUAAAUGAUCCGCCCUCUCGGAAGCCGGACAGAGUCGUCGAAGAAAGUACCCCUGAUGAUAUUGCCGCGCUUUAUCGUCUGAUGGGGGACCGCAACCCUCUCCACAUUGACCCAAGGUUUGCGGCUGCAGGGGGGUUCAGUGUUCCAAUAUUACAUGGGUUGGCAACAUUUGGAAUCAGCGGCAAGCACGUUUACCAGACCUAUGGGGCCUUCAGAAAUAUCAAGGUUAGAUUCAGUGGUACUGUGUUGCCAGGCCAGACUGUGGUUACCAAGAUGUGGAGGCAGGGAGGUAAGAUUAUCUAUGAAGUCGUUGUGAAGGAGACCGGCAAAGUUUGCAUCAGCAACGCAGCGGUCGAACUUCUCGGAGGAACGGCAAUGCUAUAG